CAGUCUCAGAAGGGAAAAGACGAUUUAACUCGUUUAUUAGGAUUAUAAACUUACAUUUGAUUAUUCAAGAUGACACACAAUGAAGAAAGAUCACAUUGGCUCAAAGAAGGUGCUAUAGGAAUAAGCGUUGGUGUCCUGUACGGGACCACCAGUGUCCUUGUCGGACAUCCCCUGGACACCAUCAAAACCAAGAUGCAGGCGCAGUCUGGCUAUGAGGGCACCAACAUGUUUAAGACACUGCUAAAGACACUGAGAACACAAGGGAUCAUUGGACUUUACAGAGGAUCAAUACCCGUGUUGUGGGGGUCCGGUAUCUACAGAUCAACACAGUUUGGUGUCUUUGAGUCAGUGUAUACCUUUCUUGAUAACUCCACAUGUAAAAGAGAAAUACCGCUUACUGCAGGAUUACAGAUACGUGUAGUUUUAGCUGGAUUAUGUGGAUCUACUGCCCGUGCAAUUAUUGAGUGCCCUCUGGAACUUGCAAAAAUAAGAAGGCAAACACAACAAACAUGGUCAUUCAGGGGACUUUACAAGGGUUUUGGAGUGACAUGGUGCAGGACGCUAGGAUUGAUGACGACCUACUUCAUCCUCAUCGACACACAACGGAGGCACUUCCCACAGAUCUUUGAACAACGUAUGAUUGGUCCAUUCCUCGUCUCGGGGACUGCAGCGACUCUGUCCUGGUGGAUCGUCUGGCCUCUAGAAUACAUGAAAUCUCAGGUUCAGGGAAAUUAUGGAAAGGAGAUGUCGACAUUGCAGAGGAUGCGCCUUGUGGUCAGAGAACGUGGCGGAUUCCUCGCUCUCUACCGUGGGAUUGGACCGGGUACCUUACGCAGCUUCAUCUCGAAUGGCACGAGUAUGGUGGUCAUGGCAAACGCUCAGAAGAAGGUCUCAGAAUGGGGUUUAAGGGACAGCUGAUGACCGGUCAACAGUCCAUGAGUCGUCUAGUCUUUCCAUGCAGAUCUAGCUGAAACAUCAUAAUGCUGCUCGUCAGAGCGACCCUUAACCAGCAAUCUCUUGAAUCGUUCAGUACAAGUUAUUCUGAUCUACAGAAUAGCAAACAUCCAUGUAGCUGAACUUAUUUGGCCACAUUUCAAUUUGGUCUAAGUUGUUGGUCCACUCGAUGUGAAGGGUCGGGUUAAUAGCAGUUGGUCUUUUUCACAAGAAUGUCCAACAACAUUAUUGCAGAACUCAUUUGGUCCAAUAGCAUUUUGGUCUAAGAAGUUUGCCCACAUCACUUAGUCCAUUGUCCACAUGAUUUGAUGGUCAGUUAAUAUCCAUGCUGCAUAUAUAUUCUAAUAGCAGAGUGUCGGACAUUGCUGCCGCUGAGCUCAUUUGGUCAAUUAUAAAGUUGGUCUUAAUGCCAUAUAUAUAUAAAGCUAUAAAGCCCAACAAUACAAUUUUCAUGCACUGCUGGCCAGGUGAGUACUUUGCUUGAGCAAAACUCAAUGGGAGACCAGUUUUCAGAACUGAAGUGGCUACUCUGGGUAAAUAUACCGGUUAUUUAUUAUUAUUAUUAAAUUAGCAGGUUUGGAAAUAAGGCCUUAUUGUGCUUCUCAUCUGCUUGAAUUCUAUGACAUCAUACAAUGUCAGGGGAUUUGUGAUUGUAUAGAUAUGUGCAUAAAAUAAAUUCAAUUUCUUUCACAAUUUGCAGAGUUGCUUUAUUUGAUGCAGCCAUCCAUCCCAACCUCAAUUCAUAGUAUGUGUAACAGUUUUCCUUACAUA